UCCUCUACAGAAAUGUUAAUGGACUCCACAACAGCGACAGCCGAGUUGGGUUGGACAGUGUAUCCUUCAUCAGGGUGGGAGGAGGUUAGUGGCUACGAUGAGAACAUGAACACCAUCCGCACUUACCAGGUGUGCAACGUCUUCGAGAACAGCCAGAACAACUGGGUACGCACCAAGUACAUCCGUCGCCGCGGCGCCCAGCGCAUCCACGUGGAGAUGAAGUUCUCCGUGCGUGACUGCAGCAGCAUCCCCAACGUACCCGGCUCCUGCAAGGAGACCUUUAACCUCUACUACUAUGAGUCCGACCUGGACACCGCCAACAAGGUGUCCCCCGCCUGGAUGGAGAACCCCUGGAUCAAGGUGGACACCAUCGCGGCCGACGAGAGCUUCUCACAGGUGGACCUGGGCGGCCGCGUGAUGAAGAUCAACACAGAGAUGCGCAGCUUCGGCCCCGUCUCCCGGCAGGGCUUCUACCUGGCCUUCCAGGACUACGGCGGUUGCAUGUCACUCAUCGCCGUGAGGGUCUUCUACAGGAAGUGCCCCCGCGUGAUCCAGAACGGGGCCAUCUUCCAGGAGACGCUGUCGGGGGCGGAGAGCACCUCGCUGGUGGCGGCGCGGGGCGUGUGCGUGCCCAACGGCGAAGAGGUGGACGUGCCCAUCAAGCUAUAUUGCAACGGUGAUGGCGAGUGGAUGGUGCCCAUCGGCCGCUGCAUGUGCAAGGCCGGCCACGAGGCUGUGGAGAACGGGACGGUCUGUAGAGCUUGUCCAUCUGGCUUCUUCAAACCCGCCCAGGGUGACAACCCCUGCAUCCAAUGUCCCAUCAACAGCCGCACCACCAGCGAUGGAGCCACCAGCUGCGUGUGCCGUAACGGCUACUACCGCACCGACUCGGAUCCCAUCCAGAUGCCCUGUACCACCAUCCCCUCCGCGCCGCAGAACGUGAUCUCCAGCGUGAACGAGACAUCCCUAAUGCUGGAGUGGGCGGCUCCCCGGGAGGUGGGGGGCCGGGAGGACGUGGUCUACAAUAUCAUCUGCAAGAGCUGUGGGGCGGGGCGGGGUGCCUGCACCCGCUGCGGGGACAACGUUCAGUUUGUCCCCCGUCAGCUGGGCCUCAUCGAGCCGCGGGUCUACAUCAGCGACCUGCUGGCGCACACGCAGUACACCUUCGAGAUCCAGGCUGUUAACGGCGUGUCCGACCAGAGCCCCUACUCCCCGCAAUUCGCCUCCGUCAACAUCACCACCAACCAGGCCGCUCCUUCAGCUGUGUCCAUCAUGCAUCAGGUCAGCAGGACAGUGGACAGCAUCACUCUCUCCUGGUCCCAGCCAGACCAGCCCAAUGGAGUCAUCCUGGAUUAUGAGCUCCAGUACUACGAGAAGGACCAGACAGAAUACAAUUCUUCCACGGUGAGGAGUCAGACGAACACGGUGGUUAUCCGCGGGCUCAAGGCGGGGACCAUUUACGUGUUCCAAGUGCGAGCCAGGACGGUGGCCGGAUUCGGACGCUACAGUGGCAAGAUGUACUUCCAGACCAUGACUGAAGAGGAAUAUAAAACCAGCCUCCAGGAGAAGCUCCCGCUCAUUAUUGGCUCUUCCGCCGCAGGCCUUGUCUUCCUCAUUGCUGUAGUGGUCAUCAUCAUUGUCUGCAACCGGAGGAGGGGCUUUGAGAGGGCAGACUCUGAGUACACAGACAAGCUGCAGCACUACACCAGUGGCCACAUGACUCCAGGAAUGAAGAUCUAUAUCGAUCCGUUCACGUAUGAGGACCCCAACGAGGCAGUGCGCGAGUUCGCCAAGGAAAUCGACAUCUCCUGUGUCAAGAUUGAACAGGUCAUCGGCGCAGGGGAAUUUGGGGAGGUGUGCAGUGGGAACCUGAAACUCCCAGGGAAAAGGGAGAUUUUUGUGGCCAUCAAGACGCUGAAGUCGGGGUACACAGAGAAGCAGCGGCGGGACUUCCUGAGCGAGGCCAGCAUCAUGGGCCAGUUUGACCACCCCAACGUCAUCCACCUGGAGGGCGUGGUCACCAAGAGCAGCCCAGUCAUGAUCAUCACAGAGUUCAUGGAGAAUGGUUCUCUCGACUCCUUCCUCAGGCAAAACGACGGGCAGUUCACGGUGAUCCAGCUGGUGGGCAUGUUGCGCGGCAUCGCAGCUGGCAUGAAGUACCUCUCAGACAUGAACUACGUGCACCGUGACCUGGCCGCCCGCAACAUCCUGGUCAACAGCAACCUGGUGUGCAAGGUGUCAGACUUUGGCCUGUCCCGCUUCCUGGAGGACGACACCUCCGACCCCACCUACACCAGCGCUCUGGGAGGAAAGAUCCCUAUUCGAUGGACUGCCCCAGAAGCGAUCCAGUACAGGAAGUUCACGUCAGCCAGCGAUGUCUGGAGCUAUGGCAUCGUCAUGUGGGAGGUGAUGUCCUAUGGGGAGAGGCCAUACUGGGACAUGACCAAUCAGGACGUGAUCAAUGCCAUUGAGCAAGACUACCGGUUGCCACCCCCCAUGGACUGCCCCAGUGCCCUGCACCAGCUCAUGCUGGACUGCUGGCAGAAGGACCGCAACAACCGCCCCAAAUUCAGCCAGAUUGUCAACACCCUGGACAAGAUGAUCCGCAACCCCAACAGCCUGAAGGCCACCACCCCGCUGUCGUCAGGCGUUCACCUACCUCUCCUGGACCGAAGUGUGCCAGACUUCUCCAGCUUCAGCACCGUGGACGAGUGGCUGGACGCCAUCAAGAUGGGCCAGUACAAGGAAAACUUUGCCAGUGCUGACUUUAGUAGCUUUGAUGCUGUCUCUCAGAUGACUAUGGAUGACAUCCUUCGAGUGGGGGUAACGCUAGCAGGGCACCAGAAGAAGAUCCUCAACAGCAUACAGAUGAUGCGAGCCCAGAUGAACCAGAUCCAGUCCGUUGAAGUUUGACCUCCCCGGGAGUGGAGAGGACAGCACUGCGCCCUGAGCCCAGUCUUCCCGUCAGACUGUCUGUCCCUCCAAAUGUCCAUCUGUCCCAGCAGCACGCAACAAAACCGCCCAAACCCCCCCACCUCCCCGCCUUAUCUUCCCCUCUGUCCUGCUCUGGGGUCUCUCGCAGAAGAUCCUACACCCCCUUCCCAGAAGAACAGGAAGAUGACGAGGAUCAUGGACGA